AUGCCGGUCCGCAGGGGCCACGUCGCGCCCCAAAACACUUACCUGGACACCAUCAUCCGCAAGUUCGAGGGACAGAGUCGUAAGUUCCUGAUUGCCAAUGCUCAGAUGGAGAACUGCGCCAUCAUUUACUGCAACGACGGCUUCUGUGAACUCUUCGGCUACUCCCGAGUGGAGGUGAUGCAGAGACCAUGCACCUGCGAUUUCCUCACAGGCCCCAACACCCCAAGCAGCGCUGUGUCCCGCCUGGCUCAAGCCCUGCUGGGGGCUGAGGAGUGCAAGGUGGACAUCCUCUACUACCGCAAAGAUGCCUCCAGCUUCCGCUGCCUGGUGGAUGUGGUGCCAGUAAAGAACGAGGAUGGAGCCGUCAUCAUGUUCAUCCUCAACUUUGAGGACCUGGCCCAGGUCCUGGCCAAAAGCAGCAACCGCAGCCUGACCCAGCGCCUGCUGUCCCACAGCUUCCUGGGCUCUGGGGGAUCCCAUGGCAGAUCGGGUGGACAGGGGCCUGGCUCCAGCAGAGGCAAGUACAGGACCGUCAGCCAGAUCCCGCAGUUCACGCUCAACUUUGUGGAGUUCAACCUGGAGAAGCACCGCUCGGGCUCCACCACGGAGAUUGAGAUCAUCGCUCCCCACAAGGUGGUGGAACGAACGCAGAACGUCACUGAGAAGGUCACCCAGGUCCUGUCUCUGGGUGCAGAUGUGCUGCCAGAGUACAAGCUGCAGGCGCCACGUGUCCACCGCGGGACCAUCCUGCACUACAGCCCCUUCAAGGCCGUGUGGGACUGGCUCAUCCUGCUGCUGGUCAUCUACACGGCCGUCUUCACACCUUACUCAGCCGCCUUCCUGCUCAGCGACCAAGAUGAGUCACAGCGCGGUGCCUGCGGCUACACCUGCAGUCCACUCACCAUGGUGGACCUCAUAGUGGACAUCAUGUUUGUCGUGGACAUUAUCAUCAACUUCCGUACCACCUAUGUCAACACCAAUGACGAGGUGGUCAGCCACCCCCGACGCAUCGCCGUCCAUUACUUCAAGGGCUGGUUCCUCAUUGACAUGGUGGCUGCCAUCCCCUUUGACCUGCUCAUUUUCCGCACUGGCUCUGAUGAGACCACGACCCUGAUUGGGCUACUGAAGACAGCACGGCUUCUGCGGCUGGUGCGUGUAGCACGGAAGCUGGACCGCUACUCGGAGUAUGGGGCGGCUGUGCUCUUCCUGCUCAUGUGCACCUUUGCACUCAUCGCGCACUGGCUGGCCUGCAUCUGGUAUGCCAUCGGCAAUGUGGAGCGACCCUACCUGGAGCCCAAGAUCGGCUGGCUGGACAGCCUGGGUGCUCAGCUUGGCAAGCACUAUAAUGGCAGCGACCCAGCUUCAGGCCCCUCAGUGCAGGACAAGUAUGUCACGGCCCUCUACUUCACCUUCAGCAGCCUCACCAGUGUGGGCUUCGGCAAUGUCUCACCCAACACCAACUCUGAGAAGGUCUUCUCUAUCUGCGUCAUGCUCAUCGGCUCUCUCAUGUAUGCCAGCAUUUUUGGCAACGUGUCGGCGAUCAUCCAGCGCCUGUACUCGGGCACCGCGCGCUACCAUACGCAGAUGUUGCGCGUCAAGGAAUUCAUCCGCUUCCACCAGAUCCCCAACCCUCUGCGGCAGCGCCUUGAAGAGUACUUCCAGCACGCCUGGUCCUACACCAACGGCAUCGACAUGAACGCGGUACUGAAAGGCUUCCCCGAGUGCCUGCAGGCCGACAUCUGCCUGCACCUGCACCGCGCGCUGCUGCAGCACUGCCCCGCCUUCCGCGGCGCCAGCAAAGGCUGCCUGCGCGCCCUCGCUGUCAAGUUCAAGACCGCGCAUGCGCCUCCCGGGGACACUCUGGUGCACCUCGGCGACGUGCUUUCCACACUCUACUUCAUCUCUCGCGGCUCUAUCGAGAUCCUGCGUGACGACAUGGUGGUGGCCAUUCUAGGGAAGAACGAUAUCUUUGGGGAGCCCAUCAGCCUCCACGCCCGACCAGGCAAGUCCAGUGCAGAUGUGCGGGCCCUGACCUACUGCGACUUACACAAGAUCCAGCGGACAGACCUGCUGGAGGUGCUGGACAUGUACCCUGCCUUUGCGGACAGCUUCUGGAGUAAGCUGGAGGUCACCUUCAACCUGCGGGACGCAGAUGGGGGUUUCCAGUCAUCACCCCAACAGGGUCCGGGCAGCCAAGACCACCAAGGCUUUUUCCUCAAUGACAAGCAGCCAGAUGCAGCCCCUGCCCUGAGCAUCUCAGAUGCUUCUGGCCUCUGGCCUGAAUUGAUGCAGCAGAUUCCCCCAAGGAAUAGUCCUCCAAGUCUGCAGCGGAGACCAGACUGCUGGCCUCAGGAGUUGGGCUCCAGGCUAGAGCAGCUGCAGGCCCAGAUGAACAGGCUGGAAUCCCGCUUGUCCUCAGACCUCAAUCACAUCCUACAGCUGCUUCAGCAGUCCAUGCCCCAGAGCCACAGCAGCUAUAUCCUGGAAACCCCUGCUUCCAAUGACCUGGCCUUGUUUCCUGCACCCUCAGUGACUCCAAGUCCAGGUCCUGGGCUGCCGCAAUGCCAUCUGCCCCCUGCACAGAUGCUAGGCUAUGGUGACUUAGACAAAUGUACACCGGAGCACAGGAAUUCCUCCUCCAGGAUGCCUCACCUGGCUGUGGAAAUGGACAAAACUCUGAUGCCAACCUCAGGGCAGGAGCAGCCUGAGGGGCUCCUGCCACCCCUGGUCUCUCCUCUUUGUCCCCUGGAAGUACAGGGACUCAUCUGUAGUUCUCGCUUCCCCUCCCUCCCUGAACACCUUGGCUCCAUCCCCAAGCAGCUGGAGUUUCAGAGAUAUGGCUCAGAUCCUGGAUUUACAAGAAGUUAG